CAUAAUUCAUAUCCUCUCCAUUCUUCUCUCUCUGUAAUAUAAAGAAGAAGAAAUCAAAAACUUUUUCUUUUUUUUUUUUGGUUUUAUUUAUAAUCUUCGAGUCAUGGUUAGGUCUCUGUUCUUGCUCUGUUUCCUGGUGUUAUCUUCAUGUAUAUUCAAUAUUUCUAUGUCAGAAAUGAUGCUUCUUCCUCUAACACACUCCCUCUCCAAGACCCAGUUCACCACCGCUCACCAUCUAUUAAAAGCCACCUCUUCCCGCUCCGCCGCCCGUUUCAAGAACCACCAUCACCGCCAAAAAGAAAUUUCACUUCCCCUUUCACCUGGCAGCGACUAUACCCUCUCAUUCAGCCUUGGCUCUGCACACUCGCCUUCUGUGUCCCUUUAUCUUGACACGGGAAGUGACCUUGUCUGGCUCCCUUGUGCGCCUUUCGAAUGCAUUCUCUGUGAGUCCAAACCCCCACUGUCUCCUCCACUCAAUCUCUCCUCAUCCGCCUCCCCUGUCCAUUGCCAGUCCUCUACUUGCUCUGCUGCCCACUCCUUCCAUUCAACCUCCAACCUCUGCGCCAUUGCCCGUUGCCCGCUUGACGACAUCGAGAUCUCCGAUUGUCGCUCCUUCUCCUGUCCUCCGUUUUAUUAUGCAUACGGUGACGGCAGCCUAAUUGCCAGACUUUUCCGAGAUACUCUCACCCUACCCAACUCUUUCACGAUUCAUAAUUUCACUUUCGGGUGUGCUCACACCACAUUGGCCGAGCCCGUCGGAGUCGCCGGAUUUGGCCGCGGCGUCCUCUCUUUACCUGCCCAGCUCGCGUCUGUAUCUCCCCAACUUGGAAACAGAUUCUCAUAUUGUCUGGUCGCCCACUCAUUCGACUCAGACAAAGUCCACCGUCCGAGUCCGCUCAUCCUGGGUCGGUACGAGGAAAAGGAAAAACAGUUCCAAAAGGAACGAGUCAAAUUUGUCUACACAGACAUGCUAGAAAAUCCGAAACACCCUUAUUGCUAUUCAGUCGGGCUGGAAGGAAUUUCCGUCGGGAAAACAAAAAUCCCAGCGCCGGAAAUGCUAAAGAGGGUCGACAGCAAAGGAAGUGGAGGGAUGGUGGUGGAUUCAGGAACGACUUUCACGAUGCUGCCGGCGAGUUUCUACAACUCGGUGGUUUCCGAGUUCGACCACCGAGUCAGCAAAUUUUACAAACGGGCGACCCAAAUAGAGGAGAAGACCGGAUUGGGUCCCUGCUACUACUACGAUAAAACGAUAAAAGUUCCGGUCGUCGCGUUGCAGUUCUUGGGGAACGAAUCCGGCGUGGUGCUACCUAGGAGAAACUACUUUUACGAGUUUUUGGACGGCAGUGAUGGGACUAGUGAAAAGAGGAAUGUCGGUUGUUUGAUGUUGAUGAACGGUGGUGAUGAGGAGGAGCUGAUUGGUGGGCCAGGGGCCACCCUGGGAAAUUACCAGCAACAAGGGUUCGAGGUGGUGUAUGAUUUGGAGAAGAGGGUAGUUGGGUUUGCAAGGAGACAAUGCUCCACGCUCUGGGAAAGGUUGAAGCGAAAUUAAAUUUUAAAUUUUGGGGUUAAGGUUUUAAUUAUGGAAAAUUAUUUUAUAGUUUGAUAUAGUUUAUUGUAAAAUAGUAGAUUAUUUGCACUUCAAUUUUUGCUUUAUGGACUUUCACAAAUAAUAUAUGAUGUAAAUUAGUUGUGUAUAGCUUUUGUGUGAAUUAAAAUUAAGGUGGGUGU